UCACACCAGAUCAGCUUUAACUUUAACAGCCUACAGAAAAUGGCAUCCACUAAGGAGAAGCUGAUUGCCCACGUGAGCACCGAGCAGCCAGUGGGCUGCAACAACAAGGUGACUGUUGUUGGUGUUGGCAUGGUGGGCAUGGCUGCUGCCAUCAGCAUCCUGCUUAAGGAACUUACUGAUGAGCUGGCCCUGGUUGAUGUGAUGGAGGAUAAGCUGAAGGGAGAAGUUAUGGACCUCCAGCAUGGCAGUCUCUUCCUCAAGACUCAUAAAAUUGUGGCUGACAAAGACUACAGCGUGACUGCCAACUCUAAGGUCGUGGUGGUGACCGCUGGAGCUCGCCAGCAGGAGGGAGAGAGCAGGCUGAACCUGGUGCAGAGGAAUGUCAACAUCUUUAAAUUUAUCAUUCCCAACAUUGUAAAGUACAGCCCCAACUGUAUCAUCCUGGUGGUGUCCAACCCAGUUGAUAUCCUGACCUAUGUGGCGUGGAAGCUGAGUGGCCUUCCCAGGAACCGUGUGAUUGGUAGCGGCACCAACCUGGACUCUGCCCGGUUCCGGUACCUGAUGGGUGAGAAGCUGAGUCUGCACCCAUCCAGCUGCCAUGGCUGGGUGAUUGGAGAGCAUGGAGACUCUAGCGUGCCUGUAUGGAGUGGUGUGAAUGUAGCUGGCGUUUCCUUGAAGGAGCUCAACCCAGACAUGGGCACAGACAAGGACAAGGACGAUUGGAAAAAUGUCCACAAAAUGGUGGUUGACAGUGCAUAUGAGGUCAUCAAGCUGAAGGGCUACACAUCUUGGGCUAUCGGCAUGUCCGUAGCUGACCUCUGUGAGAGCAUCCUGAAGAACCUACACAAAUGUCACCCAGUGUCCACCCUGGUCAAGGGAAUGCACGGUGUAAAUGAUGAAGUUUUCCUGAGCGUGCCCUGCAUCCUGGGCAGCAGCGGUCUAACUGACGUGGUGAAGAUGACACUGAAACCAGAAGAGGAGAAGCAGCUGAUAAAGAGUGCAGAAACCCUGUGGGGUGUGCAGAAGGAGCUGACCUUAUGAACUGUAGUCGGCCCCUAAACAUAGCUCUGUUUGAAAGUGAGGCCCCAAUAUGUCUAACACUUUCCCUGACCCAGUCCUUAACCCUGUCCUGAUCCCAUGUCUCGAAACAGACCUCGGACCCAUAGAUCUUAACACUCCUUAUUGUAACGUUCAAGAAGGAUAGAUAUUUAUGUAUGAAGUAAUAGGAGUACAGUAUAUGUCAAAGUUAGUGUUUGUGUGCAUUAGUGUUAACGCUUCAUGUUGUCCUCUGUAUUCGUGAUAUAUACGAUUUUCAAAAAGAUAUUUGUGAGCAGGAUGGUCAGCCAGUUUGGGUUUCUGUACGGUGUAAGUGUGCAUUCUGAGCUCAACAGGCAUUCCAUCCUAUUUUCCAGUGCAAAUAAUGAAGAAAUAAUAAGCAAGAGCCACUUUCUGUGAAACCAAAGUAUGUUGAGUGAAAUGCCAGCACUUGAAUUAAAAGGCACCCGUUUUUAUGCACAUAAAUCAACUAGUGCACUGACGCACAUUUUUAAUUAAACUCCAGGUACACACGUGGGGUUGCGAGACUUUGGUUUUAUCUGUAAACUAACAGCAGGACACCUUUAAACCUUGGGCAGUAUAUAACUAAAUGUAUGUUUGAAAUGGGUUGUUUACGCAACACUCACGCCUCUGUGUGACAUGCGCACAUUAUCUCAUCUGCAAAGAUUAUUUUUGUAUAUUUAUUCCUGUUAAAUAAAACAUGUCUGUAAAAAAAAAAGGCGUAAAAAAUCCGAUUGGCAUGUAACUCAGACCCAGCGAAACGAGGAAAUUUGAUGUUAUAGCUAUCUCACUGAUAACUCCCUUCACUUCCAAAUAAAGGUUUAACUGUAUAAAAUCUA